GUGUAGAGGAUCAACCUAUUCACUCGUCUGUUGGAGGCGGUGAUCCACGGCGUUUUGGACGGUACAGCGUUCUAUGUCCUAUCGGUCGGAGGUGGAUACCCAGGCUACCUACAACUUAUCGCCAAUAUUAAUCUUGAAGGUUUGCAGUAUCCUGUAACCUCAGUCCUUAUCGCCAGAGAUGUGUAACUGCUGGGCCGCCAUUCAUAGAUGCCUUUCAGGAAACCGUGUGCAUCCUGCAAACCAAGAACGGGAGCAGGAACAUCGAAAUGACCUGGAGGCGCAUCGGAGGCAGGAGCAAGAGCAGCCGAAUCAUCUUCAACAGCAGCCGAAUGUGCAGGAACAGCGAAAUGACCUGGAGGCGCAUCGGAGGCAGGAACAAGAGCAGCCGAAUCAGCUUCAACAGCAGCUGAAUAUGCAGCAGGGGGUCCAGGAAGAGCAGAGGAGGCAGCUCGAGCAGCUGCAAGGGCAACUGAAUGAGCAGCAGGGGGUCCAGGAAGAGCAGAGGAGGCAGCUCGAGCAGCUGCAACGGCAGCUGAACCAGCAGCAGAGGGACCAGGAGGAGCAGAGGAGGCAGCUCGAGCAGCUGGGGCAGCACCAGGGGCAGCUGGCACGGCAGGAGGAGCAGCUGGGGCAGCACCAGGGGCAGCUGGCACGGCAGGAGGGGCAGCUGGGGCAACACCAGGGGCAGCUGGCACGGCAGGAGGGGCAGCUGGGGCAACACCAGGGGCAGCUGGCACGGCAGGAGGGGCAGCUGGGGCAACACCAGGGGCAGCUGGCACGGCAGGAGGGGCAGCUGGGGCAGCACCAGGGGCAGCUGGCACGGCAGGAGGGGCAGCUGGGGCAACACCAGGGGCAGCUGGCACGGCAGGAGGGGCAGCUGGUGCAGCACCAGGGGCAGCUGGCACGGCAGGAGGGUCAGCUGGGGCAACACCAGGGGCAGCUGGCACGGCAGGAGGGGCAGCUGGGGCAACACCAGGGGCAGCUGGCACGGCAGGAGGGUCAGCUGGGGCAACACGAGGGGCAGCUGGCCCUGCAGGUGGAGGAGCUGGAGCGAUGGACGCUUUCCCGGACACGGCCACCGCCUGCCUCACAGCAGCAAUCAGGGCGGCAGGAGCCUGUCCCUCGGACGGCACCACCGCCUGCCUCACAGCAGCAAUCAGGGCGGCAGGAGCCUGUUCCUUGGACGACACCACCGCCUGCCUCACAGCAGCAAUCAGGGCGGCAGGAGCCUGUCCCUCGGACGACACCACUGCUUGCCUCACAGCAGCAAUCAGGGCGGCAGGAGCCUGUCCCUCGGACGGCACCACCGCCUGCCUCACAGCAGCAAUCAGGGCGGCAGGAUCCUGUUCCUCAGACGACACCGCCUGCCUCACAGCAGCAAUCAGGGCGGCAGGAGCCUGUCCCUCGGACGACACCACCGCUUGCCUCACAGCAGCAAUCAGGGCGGCAGGAGCCUGUCCCUCGGACGGCACCACCGCCUGCCUCACAGCAGCAAUCAGGGCGGCAGGAGCCUGUCCCUCGGACGGCACCACCGCCUGCCUCACAGCAGCAAUCAGGGCGGCAGGAGCCUGUUCCUCAGACGACACCACCGCCUGCCUCACAGCAGCAAUCAGGGCGGCAGGAGCCUGUCCCUCGGACGACACCACCGCUUGCCCCACAGCAGCAAUCAGGGCAGCAGGUAGCGUAUCAUCGGCUACUCGCCCUUUUCAGGCUGCGCUACAUCGGCCCUGACGCAGCAGAAGAGCUCGAUGGCAAGCUGAAGGAAUACAAUGGUGUUGGAUGGAGCGAUAAACAAAUAGAUGAAAUAAUCUAUGACAUGGUACGCCGUUAUUUGCGUCAGGAUAAGGGUUCGGAGAAGGAUACCCUUGAUGAGGUGGAAGGCAUUGUCAAGGAGUGGGCUGGCGGUGAGCUGCCCCCAGGGUGGCCUGAGGGUACAAAGGAACCGAGGUGGCGAAAGGCUGUCAAGAUGGCGCUGGAGCCGAAUGGAGGGCGGCUGCCGAUUGGCGGGUAACGGGGAGGCGUUAACAGUGCAAGCAAUGGGUGGAGGGCUGAUGUGUCAGCCGGAUGAUGUACAUCGGCUGUACACGUCGGGUAACACGGGUAACACGUCGACACUGCUCCUGGACCAAGUCCAUUGUUGCCAUCCAUGUGAGGUUAUGGCUUGGUAUUAUGCAAGCGCACGCCAUGAGCGGCGACCACCAGGUCGUGCAGUGUGGGGUGCACAACACAUAUGACUUGACAGUGGCAUAGCGAUCUUGUGAUACAGGAAGCUUCAAGGUUGUUAGACAUCGCUAGUGCCGCACAGCAUAAGUGAUGUUAACAUUACUUACGGUGUUUGUGUUAUGUGCUGCUAUGGCUUGAAAGGUCUUGUUGCUUGGCCUUGCUGAGUAAGUCUCCAGUGCAUGCUUGCAAGCCUCUCUUCAGGCUGGUCCUCCCCCUGGGACUGUCCCUACCUGAGGGAGCUGUGGUGUGGAACAAAGACGCAACUGGUCCUUAAAUAUGAAGCGAUUUCACUUGGACGACCUUUGGGGUUGUGGCGUUAUGCGUGUGACAUGUCAUCGUGCACCCGUGCUGAGAGGCGGUUAGUUGGUUGAGUUACUCGUGUUUGCGCGUCCAAGCCUGUUUGUACGUACUGUAUGCGUCGGUCGGUUAUUAGUGUUGGCUGGCUGGAAAUCCGCAGAUCAUGGGUUGUAUCGCCGAUUGCCGAUCCAAGGCUACACGGGCGGGGUAUCCAUUGCAGCUUAUUAUCAGCCUGGUAGACGUCUUCUCAUAGACCAUUCUGGUUGGUGGUCGCUGGGGCGACGGUUGGAAAUCAGUAGAGCCAGCGUUUAGCAGGAUUGACGUUGCGUGCUUGUGGGCAUAAAAUGUUUAACAACAGCUUCUGCGACUCGUAGGCACGCACGCACUGGGGCUACUGGGAUGUUAGCAGUCCGGUGUCACGGAGGCGUGGUGUCACCCUGCCUUCAGCCACGAGCGCUCUUGCCACGAACUGUCUGUUGCUGUGUGAGGCAUGAGGUGCCUUACCAAAAGGUAUACGCGCUUGGUUACCCGCCAGCACCGUACGUCCUGAGGCCGAUCAGGUGGAUUAGAGGAGUUGGGCGUCUUGGAACAGCCGUGAGAUGUCAAUGGCUGGGUGUUUUGCUAGGGCUGGAUACCAUGCAUGUAUGGACGCGUGCUGUUGGGCUGCACGUUGGCGGCUGGGACUGUUACGGCUUCUUCGACGCUAGAGUAUGUACGGCAUGGCCCGGAUUUGUUACGUUAAACUACUGUCAUAGUUGAAAUUCACUAAAUAUGGAUGAAGAUCUGCCCGGACCUUGUGCUGGUUGUUCUGUGUUGCUGCACUGCAUGCCGCGGUCUGCAUGCAGUUGGAUUCGGUUGCGAUUCUUACGUGUUUCUUGUGCCCAUUGGUAGUGUAGAUGUAUUAUCAUUAACGACGCGGCUACGCUCGUGCUAGGGGUUGUGUUCCUGCAGGCGGGUCGGAGGUGGGCAGGCUGUGUGUUCGGAAUUAUAGAGUAGGGUUUGUGACCCACGGGUCAACCCUUCGUUUGCAAGGCAGCGAAGGUCGCUUGUUUGCAUUUGGCAGUAGCAUAAGAUACCGAAAAGGUGGAGUAGGACAAGGGAAAAUCUGAUCUGCGGACGGACAUAGUAUCCUGGUUCCCUAAACGUUAUAAGCGGGUAUUAGCUGAGUGUGGUGGCGAUGGUCAGUUCUCCCAAGACACUUGCCCUUAGUGCAGUGCACGCCAGUGGUUUUCGCCAUAGCAUGCUUUGGAAGCAUUCACCCAGGUUCAGUCGCUUGGGCUGUUCUUGUGAACAUUUCAAACCACUUGCUGUUGUCCUUCGGGCCAUUUUUUCGUACUAUUAGUCGUGCAGUGCCCAUUUGCUGGUUGUGAGCAGCACCAACGUAUUGGAAGAUGUACGGCAUUCAUCGAGGACAAAUACCUGCAGUUUGUGGCCCUGCCAUGCACAAGGAUGCAUGCUCUCACUUUUGCGGUGGGGGCUCGUUGUCUCUGUGAUGCAUGUCUGGCCUGAUGCGGCAGCAAUUCCCCUCGCUCUGCUGGUUGUUACCGGUAAGAGUUAAGGAUGUUAACAGUCCUGGUAUGCCACCAACGUGCUGGAAGAUGCACGGCAAUGUUUAUCGUGUUUUGCCCCAUGCUUGGACAAAUCUGUUUGUCAUGCUUAUUCGCUCGCAACCGAUUGUUCGUCCUCAAGUGGGCGGGAGAUGCGGGCGUCUGAGGUGCUAGAUACUGUUUCAGAGAAAGUGAAUAGGUUGCGCCAGCCAAGGUUACCUAAUUAAGGUGCAGGUGGUCGACUCAAUGCUGCUGUGGGUGCGCAAAGCUGAACGGCUGUUGGGAGGUAUUUGGUAGAGAUUGGGAAGGAGACCUCAGGCUGAACGAGGAAUAACAUAAGGAGAGUGUUGUUGGGUGCCUAGCGAAGACAGUUUUGAGCUUGGUCUUAUGCUAGGCACAUGUAAGUUACCCUGCACUUGCUUGCAAGCGUCCUACACCUAUUACGAC